AUGAGAUAUAAAAAACGCAGUUACACAGAUGAAGAGAAACAGACAUUUCGAGAUAAUCCCGGGAAACUACUCCAGCUACGGAAAGAUAUCGAGGCCAACUAUGCGACCAUUCUGCCCCUCUUCCUUAAAGACACGGUGCCCCAAAAAGCAGCCACCCAAAGGUCGAAGCAAUUAAUGACGGAUGCGAUUGGUGAUGAUCGGCUAGCAGAAAAGCUGAUUCCAGAAUAUCCACUUGGGUGUCGUCGCCUUACACCCAGUACGGAAUACCUAGAAAGCCUCAAAAAGCCUAACGUCACGCCUGUCAUUGGGAGUAUCAAAGAGAUAAUACCGUCUGGCGGCAUAAUGCUAGACGGCAGCGAGUAUGCAUUUGAUGUUUUGGUAUAUGCCACAGGUUUCCACACCUGCUUCCGACCCGCGUUUCCAUUAAUAGGCCGCAAUGACACCAAUCUUGCCGAAGUAUGGGAAAAGGAACCGCGAAGUUACCUGGGAGUCGCAGCCCACGGUUUUCCGAACUACUUCAUGUUACUUGGCCCUAACAGCCCCCUUGCAGGCGCAGAGGCACUAUAUCGCCAGGUUUCUCAAUCGGUGGCAGAAAGAAAAUAUCCGCACGUUCGAGCCUAA